GGGAAAUUGUAUAAAUAGGGUCACAAGGCUUUUUGAGCUUUGGUGUCGCUAGAUUCUCAACCCUGCAACCAUGGGAAAGAUAAUUUUCUACGAAGGCCGUAACUUCCAGGGUCGUCACUGGGAGUGCGGUAAUGACUGCAUGGACACUUUCAGGCACUUCAACUGCUGUAACUCCAUCAGGGUGAGCGGAGGACACUGGGUGGCCUAUGAGAAGCCCAACUACAUGGGGUACCAGUAUAUCAUGGGGCCCGGAGAGUACCCCGACUACCACUGCUGGAUGGGCUUCAACAACUGCAUCCGCUCCUGUCAGAUGUUCCCUCCCUACAGAGGCUCCUACAGAAUGAGGAUCUACAACAGGCCUGACAUGAUGGGCCAGAGUAUGGAGUUCAUGGACGACUGCCCCAACGUCUACGACCGUUUCCGCUUCAGGGACAUCUACUCCUGCAACAUCAUGGAGGGAUACUGGAUCUUCUACGAGCACCCCAACUACAGGGGGCGCCAAUACAUCCUGCGGCCCGGAGAGUACAGGGCCUGUGGGGACUGGGGCUGCCACAACCCCAUGGUGGGCUCCUUCAGGAGGAUGAGGACUAUGAAAGUGCAGCCACCCCGGGUUCAAACGGGACGGUUCUGGUCUGCUCCACACUGUUCAACUCUUACAAUGGGCAAGAUUGUGUUUUACGAGGACAAAAACUUCCAGGGCCGUCACUAUGAGUGCACUAGUGACUGUCCCGAGAUGCACAGCCACUUCAGCCGCUGUAACUCCAUCCGUGUGGACAGCGGCUGCUGGGUGGCCUAUGAGAAGUCCAACUACUCUGGGUACCAGUACAUGCUGCACAAGGGGGAGUACCCCGAGUACCAACGCUGGGCUGGCUUCAACGACUGCAUCCGCUCCUGCCGCAUGGUGCCUCCAUACAAUGGGAGCUACAGGAUGAAGAUCUUUGAGCGCUCCGACUUUGGAGGCCAGAACAUGGAGCUUAGUGAUGACUGUCCCAACCUUCACGAGCGCUUCCACACCCGGGACAUCUCCUCAGUCAACGUCAUGGAGGGCUACUGGAUGCUGCAUGAGCAUCCCAACUACAGGGGGCGCCAGUACUUCCUGCGUCCUGGCGAGUACAGGAGGCACAGCGAAUGGGGCAGUGCCACUCCCACUAUCGGGUCUCUUAGAAGGGUUACUGAAGCUAACUGAUGCUAAUGGUUUUUACAUAGACCAUAUACAUUUUAACCCUUUUGUUUACAUGUGGUAGUGUCCAAUUAUGGAUAUUUAGUGAUUGGGUUUUAUACAAAGUCCUACAUCAAUGAUUACAAUAUGGUGGAUAAGUGGAUAAACUGCAGUAGUUCAAUAAAAAAAGA